AAAGCUUAACAAUGAUGGCAAAGCUUGCCCUAUGCAUGUUGUCCUUUGUGUGUGUUGUGAUUUUGGCCUCUGCUCAAAGUGCCACUGUGACGUCUACAUUUCAAUUAUACCAACCCGAGCAACAUAAUUGGGACUUACUCGCAGUGAGUGCAUUUUGCGCCACUUGGGAUGCAGACCAGCCUUUGUCAUGGCGUAGCAAAUAUGCUUGGACUGCUUUUUGUGGACCUGUUGGGCCUCAAGGCCCAGAUUCUUGUGGUCGUUGCUUGAGGGUGACAAACACUAAAACUGGGGAUAAUGAAAUAGCUAGAAUUGUUGAUGAAUGCCAAAAUGGGGGAUUAGACUUGGAUAUUAGUGUGUUCCAGAGGCUUGACUCGGAUGGAAGUGGGAAUGCUGAGGGCCAUCUUAUUGUUAACUAUGAUUUUGUGGAUUGUGGUGACUAAAUUAAGUGUAUUUGUAAUGUGAUUAUGUUGUGGGCUAGGUAGGUGGAAGGCAUACACGAGGAUUUGCUUCACGCGAGUUAUUAUUAAUCAGCUUCUUACUAUAUAUAUAUUAUAGUAAUGUUAAGCAACACAUUCUAUAAUA